AUGGCGCGUGGUGCUAGUGAUGAGUCGCGAUAUGCUAAUCCUUCCGACCAAAUGCUGUUUGUGAUCAUCGCGUUCAGUGAGCAUCAUGUAGAGAAUCUCUUACAUCAAAUGGGUAAAAUCCCAUAUGCAGCCAAUCCGAGAAAUGCUUAUCAAAAGCAAAAGCUAGCACCUUCAUCAGCCCAGGGACGCAUGUUGAACAAGACGACAUCGACAUUGCAGACGAUUCUCGGUGGCAUAGUGACAUUAAUGAUAUUCGGUUUUCUGUUAUCGCUAAUCAAUUCUCUGGCCCAGCGCUAUCAUAAGCGCUUGUGUGAUAAGCCGAAAAGUCGCCUGAGACGUUUAACUUAUGAAGAUUGUCAGUAUAUGUCCCUAUUCUUCAUCAUAUAUGGGUUGUGA